AUGACCUUAUCGCUUAUCAUUGAUGACAUGGGUCAACUUUACAUAGCCACCAGUGAUCAGCCAUCCGUUCAUGAACUCAGAUUUUCGCCAUUAUUCGGCUAUUUACUAAUUAAUUUAUGUAAUUUAUUCUAUUUCACUACAACUUCGUCCUUGAUAGGGAAAUGGGCCGAAUUCAAGGCAGUGUACGCCGGAUGUCGUAACACUGAAAAAGCUGAGAAUCUUCGCACACUGCAAGAUCCGCACAAGAAGCUUCGUAUAGUAGAUCUUGACGUUUCUAAAGAUUGGAGUAUCAAAAAUGUAGUUGAAUCUGUGACCAAAGAAAGCGGACAAAUCAAUGUGUUGGUGAACAACGCCGCAAUCCUAGAGAAGGAUCACAAAGCGGGAAUUCCCGACGGUGACAGAGGAGUAUGGUUACGACAUUUCGACAUUAAUAUAGUAUCUCAUGCGAUGAUGAUCCAGGAAUGUCUCCCAUUAUUGCGGAAGUCAAUCGCACACGAUCAACCGGCUACCGUAAUCAAUAUUUCUGGUAGGAAAGGUUCCAUAGAAUUAUGUCCUGGAACGGAACGAGUUCAUGGAAAUUAUGCGUAUAUGUGCAGCAAGACGGCUCUCAAUCAUCUAACCCGCAUUUUAUCCAUUGAACAUUCGGACAUUCUUACUGUGUCGAUGUGUCCUGGUUGGAAUCGAACAGACAUGGGUGGAGCUGAGGGUAUUAAAGACCCAUCAGAAACAGCACCGGUGCUUCUGUCAACGGUGGAUUCGAUGACAAUUCUCGAGCAUUCCGGGAAAUUUUGGGAUCGAAAAGGAAGGCCGAUUCCUUAUUGA